UCAUGUCUAAGAUUUAGUCAAACCCGUGAGCUCAGAUUGUAAAGAACAACAGGCGGCUAACUUGAAAGAUGAGGAACUGGGCUGCGAUUGGAGUCCUCCUGGUACUGGGAUGCCAGUGCGCCGGAAUUGUCCGGGCGGACAGUGAUAGUGAUAGCGACAGCAGCAGCAGCGGGGAGCGCAAGAGCAAGCCCAAAUCAAUUGAGCACAAGUACAACAAUCCCGCCUAUCCCACUCCCUAUGGCUAUGGCUAUCCCUACCAACCAUAUGGCUACAAUCAGAUGCCGCCGUAUCCGUAUCCCCAACCAAUACCAAUGCCUGACUACUACAGUCCAUAUAGAAAUGCAAGGCCACCACCACCGCCACCGCUAAUGUAUCCAGCUUAUCAAGCAGCCUAUCCACCUCAGACGGGAGGAGGAUGGAACGCCAACCCACCCACCAAUCAGGUUCAGCCACAGCAACCUUCUCCCGGACAAGGAUCAGGUCCUUCCGCACCGUAUCCUCCAGGUGGUUCCAGCGUAAUCAAUCACUCGCUUAAGGUCAACAAGGAAUACAACGAGGAUGGUCACCACUCAAACACAACAUAGUCGAGAAACUUAAUUAAAAGCUAAAUCUAAAUCAUUUUCAGAGUCUUAUCAGUUUCAAAACCACGUUCAAUACAAAUUACAUACAAAAUUAAA